AUGAAGGGCUUAGGAGACAACAGAAGCCGCCACCUCUCCGAUAACCUGGACUCCCCUCAAGACUCUCUUUAUGCCCCCCAGGACAGGAACCCUUAUCUCCUCAGCCCCACCGACUCCUUCACCAUGGACCCCCGAUUCCCAUCCCAGAACACCAUCCAUGGCGACUGUCUCCUUCCACUCAACAACCAGAUCUCCAACAGCAGCACUUUCCCCCGCAUCCAUUACAACUCUCACUUCGAGGUCCCGGAUGAUAACCCUUUUCCAAGCCAUGCCCAAGCCACUAAAAUCAACCGCCUGCCCGCAAACCUCCUCGACCAGUUUGAGAAGCAGCUGCCCAUCCACAGAGACGGCUUCAGCACCCUCCAGUUUCAGAGGAGCGACGCGAAGCACCGGAGCGAGAGCCCCGGGCGCAUCCGGCACCUGGUGCACUCCGUGCAGAAGCUGUUUGCCAAAUCCCAGUCUCUGGAGGGCCCCGCCAAGGGCAACGUGAACGGCAAGAAGGGGGGAGACGACCCCAAGCAAAACCGGAGGAGCAAGAGCAAAGACCGAGUGAAGACUUCGGAGCCCAAGCGCAGGACCAGGUCCAACAUUUCGGGCUGGUGGAGCUCAGAUGACAACUUAGACAGCGAUACCUGCAGCUACCGCAACCCCAUGGGCCUCAUGACCCUGGGCCGGCAGCCAGACCACAGCCAGCCCAAAUACUUCAUGCAUGCUUACAACACCAUCAGCGAGCACAUGCUGAAAUCCUCCAAGAGCAAUAACGACCUCAAGGUCACCCCUUGCACCAAUAUCCCCAUCAACAACGACUCCAACUACAUCAAGAGGGGCUCCUGGUCCACGCUGACACUCAGCCACGCCCGGGAAGUCUGCCAAAAGGCCUCUGCCACCAUCGACAAAGCCUUGCUGAAAUCCAAGUCCUGCCAUCAAGACUUGGCCUACCACUACCUGCAGCCUGGCAGAGGGCUGUGGGCACAGCUGGGUGGCAGGAGCCCAGCCAGCAGCUGGGUAACCCCACAACUCAGCUGGGAGGACCCAGGGGCCACCCUGCAGCCCAGCAAGCCCCCGUGGAGCUGGGACCAGCCCCUCAGCCCUGGGCCAAGUGACGCAGGCAGUGCCCAGGUGCCUCAGGGGGAGUGGAACAACACGCUGUCUCGAGACAAAGACAGUGAGAUCCCAUGCCGGCGCAUGCGGAGUGGGAGUUACAUCAAAGCCAUGGGGGAUGAUGAUAGUGAAGACUCAGAAACCAGCCCCAAACCAUCCCCGAAAACUGCAGCUCGGAGGCAGAGUUACCUCAAGGCCACCCAACAGUCCCUGAGUGAGCAGAGCACCACCCAAAGGAGCCUGGAUCGCCUGGACUCUGUGGAGAUCCUCCUACCUCCAAAGUUCCCUACCUGGGAGGAAGAAUACAACCAGAUCUCUGACAGCAUCAACGAGUCCAGCUGCAUCAACCAGAUCUUUGGACCCCCCUCACUUAUAUUUACCCAUGGAGAGCAGGCACCGGACCCGGAGCUGGGGGAGCCGUACGAGCCCGUUUGUGACUCUACCUACAGCGAGGCCGAGUCGGCAGCCGCGGAGGUGCUGGACCUGCCCCUGCCCAGCUGCUUCCGCUCCCGCAGCCACAGCUACCUCCGAGCCAUCCAGGCGGGCUGCUCCCAGGAGGAAGACACCAGCUCCAUCCGCUCCAUCUCCCCCCCGCCGUCGGGCAGCCUGAGCGGCAGCAGGACCCUACCCACCAACAGCAGUUCAUCAUGCCUAGUGGCAUAUAAAAAGACUCCACCUCCUGUCCCACCUCGGACAACAUCCAAGCCGUUCAUCUCUGUCACUGUGCAGAGCAGCACUGAAUCAGCACAGGACACCUACCUGGACAGCCAGGACCACAAGAGUGAGGUCACCAGCCAGUCAGGACUCAGCAAUUCCUCAGACAGCUUGGACAGCACCAGGACACCCAGUGUAACGAGAGGAAGCGUUGUGACUCCAGCAAGAGAGGCUCCAGAGUUACCCCAGAAAAAUGCAACUUUGAAAAGUGACAAAGGGACUCUGACUAGUGAAGAGCCUAAAGUGGAGAAUAUUCCCAAAAGAAAGCUGUCGUCAAUAGGAAUACAAGUUGACUGCCUUCAGCCAGUGGCAAAAGAGGAGCCUCCUCCACCAGCCACGAAAUUCCAGUCCAUCGGGGUACAGGUAGAGGACGAGUGGCGAAACAGCCACUCUCGCAGCAUGUCCUCCAAACAGGACACAGACUCUGACACACAGGAACCUAAUAACUCUAGCUGUAAAUCAUCUGAGAGAAGCCUUGCUGAGUGCCCCCAACACAACAACUCCGUUGGUGUUGAUGCCACUACCAGGCAACCAGCCAAGCCCUCACAGAUAAAGAGAAACCUCUCCUAUGGAGAAAACAAUGACCCAGCCUUGGAGCCUUCCUCUCUCCCUCCUCCUGACCCCUGGCUUGAGACAUCCUCCACCUCACCCUCAGAACCCACACAGCCAGGAGCCUGUCGCCGGGAUGGGUUCUGGUUUCUGAAGCUGCUGCAGGCAGAAACGGAGCGGUUGGAAGGCUGGUGCCGCCAGAUGGACCAGGAGACCAAAGAGAACAAUCUCUCUGAAGAAGUCUUAGGAAAAGUCUUGAGUGCAGUGGGCAGUGCACAGUUACUAAUGUCACAGAAGUUCCAGCAAUUCCACGGCCUCUGUGAACAAAACUUGAACCCUAAUGCCAAUCCCAGACCCACAGCCCAGGACCUAGCUGGGUUUUGGGAUCUCCUGCAGUUGUCCAUUGAAGACAUCAGCAUGAAGUUUGAUGAGCUGUACCACCUGAAAGCUAAUAGCUGGCAGCUGACAGAGACACCAGAGAGAAAGGAAGAGAAGAAACCACCCCCUCCAGUGCCAAAGAAGCCGGCCAAGUCCAAAUCCCAGCUGAACCGGGACAAAGGCUCAGACUCAGACAAGCAGCGGCAGGAGGCCCGCAAGCGCCUGAUGGCGGCCAAGCGCGCGGCCUCGGUCCGGCAGAACUCGGCCACCGAGAGCGCAGACAGCAUCGAGAUCUACGUCCCCGAGGCACAGACCCGCCUGUGAGCAGCAGCAGGGCACAGCAAGGAACAGGGGGGGUUUUAUAAAGUCAUUAAAAAGGAAA